AGGACCUCUGUGACGUAUUUUGCUCUGCGACAGAAACUCUGUGUAUGUUGCGGUUUAAAGCUACUUUUCUGGAAGCAUCUGCUUACUAUGGAAUAUAAAUGGCACUACAAGACUUACUGAACACUCCGUGAUUAAUGAUGUUCAUACGUGAACAGAAAAGAAGCGGCUGGAGCAUGUUAAAGCCCCGUACAGUCACAUGGCAGUUUGGUGUCGUCGGCUAAACUUGGUGACUAUUUGUGCACAGUGCCUUUUUAUUCGCGUCUCUUGUUUAGCUCAGGUGAGCAUGUAAGAGUCAGCCGUGUUUUGGUGGUGUGGAGUUGUGCAUGUCCCGGUUGCAGAAAGUGGAGGAGAGCAGGCGGAGGGCGUGAGCUGUGUCCAGGCGGCUGUCGGUGUCCGGGAUGGAGACCUGGACCCCCAAUCCCCGAGCUAAGCCCUUCAUCCCCCGCCAGCAGAGGAGUCUCUAUCUCACCUGGAAAUACAAAUUGACCAACAAGAGGACGAUUCGCCGGUUCUGUCAGGCUGGUGCCGUGUUGUUUCUGCUGAUAACCGUCAUAGUCAACAUUAAACUCAUCCUGGAUACGAGAAGAGUUGCCAGUGAAGAUGCAGCAGCCCAAGAAUAUGAGGAUGUUAUUCCUAACAUGGAGACAGCACGCAGGCCAGCUAAUGGACGCAAAGUCCUCGACAUUGAGGUGUACUCCAGCCGCUCCAAGGUCUACGUGGCAGUAGAUGGCACCACGGUGCUGGAAGAUGACAUGCGAGAACAAGGCAGAGGGAUCCAUGUGAUAGUUCUCAACCAAGCAACUGGUCAUGUGAUGGCCAAGAGGAUAUUUGACACCUACUCUCCCCAUGAGGAUGAAGCCAUGAUCCUGUUCCUCAAUAUGGUGACUCGUGGUCGAAUCCUCAUCUUUACCAUAAAGGAUGAGGGCACAUUCCACUUGAAGGAUGCUGCUAAGAACCUGCUCAAGAGUCUGGGUAGCCAGGUGUCCCUCAAUCUGAGCUGGAGAGACAUGUGGACUCUAGUGGUGAAGAAAGGAGGUCAGGUUUAUGGAGAGAAGCAUUCAAAGUCUCCAGCUCUGUCUACCUGGGGAGACCCAGUGCUGCUCAAGACUGAAGUGCAACUUACUGCCUCUGAAGAGGCAGAGUGCCACUGGGCAGACACGGAGCUGAACAGGAGGAGGAAACUCUUCUGCAGCAAGGUGGAAGGAUACGGCAGCAUCUGCAGCUGCAAGGAUCCGGCACCCGUAGAGUUUAAUCCCGACCCUCUCCCCAACAAUAAUGUUUUCAAUGUCCCAGUGGCCGUUAUUGCAGGAAACAGACCUAACUAUCUCUACCGCAUGCUGAGGUCACUUCUUUCAGCUCAUGGUGUUAACCCACAGAUGAUCACAGUCUUCAUUGAUGGAUAUUAUGAGGAGCCAAUGGAUGUUGUUGACCUGUUUGGACUGAAGGGAGUUCAACACACACCUAUCAGCAUCAAGAAUGCCAGAGUGUCUCAGCACUACAAAGCGAGUCUGACUGCAACCUUCAAUCUUCACCCAGAUGCUAAUUAUGCCAUUGUACUAGAAGAAGAUCUUGAUAUAUCCAUUGACUUCUUCAGCUUCCUGAGUCAGACCAUCCACCUGCUGGAUGAGGAUGACAGCCUGUACUGUAUUUCAGCCUGGAACGACCAGGGCUAUGAGCACACAGCAGAGGACCCAGCCCUGCUCUACAGAGUGGAGAGUAUGCCCGGCCUGGGCUGGGUGCUGAAGAAAAGCCUCUACAAAGAUGAGCUGGAGCCAAAAUGGCCUACACCCGAAAAGCUGUGGGACUGGGACAUGUGGAUGCGAAUGCCAGAGCAGAGGAAAGGCCGAGAGUGUAUCAUCCCUGACGUGUCCCGCUCCUACCACUUCGGCAUCAUCGGCCUCAACAUGAAUGGCUAUUUUCACGAGGUGUAUUUCAAAAAGCACAAGUUCAACACUGUUCCCAAUGUACAACUGAAGAACGUGGGCAGCUUGAAGAAAGAUGCUUAUGAAGUUGAAAUCCAGAACCUGCUGAAAGAGGCAGAGGUGCUAGACCACACCAAAAACCCAUGUGAGGACUCAUUCCUGCCUGACUCUGAGGGGAAGAUCUACAUCAUGUUCAUUAAGAUGGAGUCUGAAACAGAUACAUCCACUUGGACCGAGCUUGCCAAGUGCCUGCACGUUUGGGAUCUAGAUGUUCGGGGGUACCACAGAGGUUUAUGGCGGCUCUUCAGAAAAAGGAACCACGUGUUGGUCGUGGCUGUUCCGAUCUCUCCGUACUCUGUGAGGAAACCAGCGAAUGUUACUCCCAUUCAUUUAGAGCCUCCUCCUAAAGAAGAGGGAGCACCGGUGGAGCAGAUGUAGAUCUGAUGUCACACACACACACACACACACACACACACACACACACACACACACACACACACACACACACACACACACACACACACACACACACACACACACACACACACACACACACACACACACAAACACACAAAAACAGAAACAGAGACUUCAACAAGCCCUGGCCUUAACACUACAACUUCUCUCCAACAACGAACAUUAAUAAUCCAGCCUGGGGCCCAGAGCUACAGGUCUGACUUGGGUACAAGAGGAUACCUGGACACUGAGUCUAUUUUUUAUGUUGGAGGAAGAAUUAACACUACAAACAGCACUGGUGAGUCCGUCCAGCAGUGAUGCUAAAACUAGUUAUAGUUAAUUGUGAUUGUUCAACCACAACAGUGUACAGCUGCCACAACAGCUGUGUCUUUUUGUGGAUCGAUCACUAAGCUACGUCUUUGACAGAACAGUACAACUGACACAAACACACUGACCUGAAUGAAGCCAGUGCUCCUCAUAGUUUGGUGUUUUAACUACUGAGUGUUUGUCCAUUUUUGUACAUACAUUUUAACGAAUCUCUAUUUAUUUUACAUCUGUCAAAAGUUAGUGAUUUUUUUUCUAAAUAAGAAAAUCCACUUUGAUCAAGUUCAAUGCAUUUUUAAGAGUCUAACUUUUACAAUGAAAAAAUGUAAACGUUUCAUUAUCUGUGUGUGUGUGUGUGUGUGUGUGUGUGUGUCUAAAAUCUAAAAGUUGGCAUAUUUCUCAGCAUUGGAUAUUGAGUGUAAAAGCCCCAUGGGUUUGUACCGUUAUUGACUGUUUAGAUCACUUGCCUCUGAUUAGGUUGAUGAUGUAAUCUGAAAGGUGGCCGUGAGACAAAAACCUGAAAAGUCAUACUUUUAACAACAUGUGCUGCAUCUAAAAACAGAACAAUUACAAAGGCUGUGAUGUUAAUGUGCGCUCACCUACAAAAUGAUGCACGUUGAACAAACCGCUUUAAAUUCUGACUUUUUUUUCUUCUUUUUUUUUAUUUAGUAAAUUGACCUUUUUCCAUGUAAUUAUCUGUUUCUGGUAAAGUUCACUACGGGCUUUUGUUCUGUCAGGGGAAAAAAGCGUGUGGCCCUCCCAGUACCAACAAGUAAUAAUUGACACAGGAACUGAAAAUCAUAAUUAACAAUCAAUAGGAACGAAACCCUUUUGUUGUGUACCCCCCAAAAAUGCAGGAAAAUCCGUGUCUAGGAUCAGAGCUAAAUAUGCAAACUUAUGUGCUAAACAAACAGUUCAGGAUAUUUGUAUCCUAGCACUGCAUUUACGUGUGUACGCAUUAUUUUUUUUAUUUAUUUUUUUUUGUUUUUUUUUUUCCCCCCCUCCAGAGGCAGACGCACUUUUUUUUCUGUGCUUGCUGCUGUUUUUGAGAUACAAGUGACAGCGGCAGCUGCAUAAGGUGCUGAACAUCCAGUUGCUUCUUUUGUUUCCUGAUCGAACAGUGUUCAACUACUGAAGCUACUAAAAACCUACUUUGUACACAGCCAUCCAGUCACACAGGAGAAGGGCUCGGAUAACAAGAACACCUGGUAUAAACCCUAAAGAACCGAGUGCAAUUUCUCUGCUUGUACCAAAUGAAAUCCCCAAACUAGCACUUUAGUCAUAUAUUAAUUAAGUCAUUGUGGGUCAGACAUCACAGCAGGCAGGUACUUGCAACCAGCUACUUCCUGGAUGCAGCAUAUGUGUUAAAAAACUGAAUUAUUUCUAUUAUUUUAUUUUUUUUCUAGUUUCUUAGUAUGCAUGUCAAUUUUGGUCUCUCUCAACCAUCCUGGAGGCCAGAGGCUCCACCACUUCCAUCCACUGAAGGUAGCAAUGUGAAAAGAGGUACUAAAUCUUCGUUACGCAUGUUUAUAUUUUUGAGUUCCUCAUUGCAGUGUUAUCCAUUUUUAAGAGUAGUGAAAAAGUGAGAUUUAUUUGAUAAUCUCACUGGCCGCAUUCAAUGCCCUGAGAUGCAGCUUAGAGAGAGUGUGUGGGUGUAUGGUUGAGUGAGAACCGCUCUUUCUCUUGUAGUUUUUAUAACUGGUGGUCAAAUAGAAACCCAACCCUUCAAGAAAAUGUUGUUGUUAUUUAUGGUAAGUAAUGCAAAAACAAACCAAGUAUUAUCUGCUCAUGGAUACAUUUAUUUUGAACGUCACACUAUAGAACUGAUUAAUAAUUUAUUAACUCUGUACCGGUCAUGUUAUCUUUAUCAAAUGUUAUGUUAUCAAACAACUGUUAUGGAUGUUUCAGGCAAUUAAAAAUAGAAAGAUAAUUGAAACAUUUGUUUCACUUAAGGUCUAAAAACACUGACUUUUAAUCCAGAUGUUGAUAUACUGCCAGAAGUAUUCAAAGAAUGUGGAGUUUUUAACCAUUUUAACAGAGAGAGGGGUGUGUGUGUGUGUGUGUGUGUGUGUGUGUGUGUGUGUGUGUGUGUGUGUGUGUGUGUGUGUGUGUGUGUGUGUGUGUGUGUGUGUGUGUGUGUGUGUGUGUGUGUGUGUGUGUGUGUGUGUGUGUGUGUGUGUGUGUGUGUGUGUGUGUGUGUGUGUGUGUGUGUGGAAGAGAUACUGGACAUGUGCUUUUCAGCUGAUGUAAGAAUGCUUUAACCAAAUGAAUUUGCAUUUAUUUUAAUGCUCUGUUAGUAUUUGCAGUCUUUUGAUUGGACAGUGUUUACCUGUCAGACUGAACCACUCAAGUUGGGGCUAAGUUUAAGUCCCAGUGUGUUUCUCUGGUUUUAGAUCUCUGCACAUUGUCUUUUUUUCUCUCUCUCGAUUGUUCUUCAUUUCACUUUGGUGUUGCUGCUUCUCUGGGUUUCAAGGGUUAAAUUGAAUUGAAUCAUUGUUUCCAUAGCAAUACAGUUGAUUUAAUGCUGUGGCAGGAUUCUGAAAAUACUGGAAAGUGCUUCGUAUGAGUGACACAGGAGGAUCUGUGGACUUGAAUGCAGUUUGACAUGUAUGAGUUUCUUUUAUCUUGGAGAUGAAUAAAGAUUUUUUUUUUUUAAACUCA